GGCCGUUACAGGCUGCGAAGCGAAAUCCCGAAAGACCAGUUGUCGACGAGCCAGUCUCGCCAGCGCCCGUAUAAAACGCAAGCCGGUUUGCGCGGGCGUCUCUCUCCUUAGCGCAGCGCACGUCCGCGGGAGAGCGAGUGCAAGGCAGAUACCGCUAGCCGACGGCCGGCAAACAACGGCAUCGCCUUCGGUCGCCUCCGGCAGAGGCGAGAGAAGAACAGCCACGUUGCCACUGCGAUAGCCUUCACGACCAGAGAACGACCGAGUGCCGCCGCAGACGGCUGUUUCUUCGGGAACGUGUGCAUCCGGGAAACAUGGCGUCGACCUGACCGGCCGGCGUUCCGCCCCCAUCGCGCAUCUCUUCGCACGUACAGUGACUUGUAGCGAAGGAAGAGACAGGAGGGCCUGUCGUCUCCGUGACCGCUCCUCGCCAUCCUUGUGCCAGUGAGAGUGAGUGAGGUGACGAGGUAUUGUGCAAGUGACACGACAUUCGGCGCUUAUCUGUCUCGGAGUGUGCGCCUGCAGGAUUUUGCGCUCCCAUCUCGGUCGGCAUCGCGAGCUCCUAAAGGGGAGGUGACACAGCCGUAACCUUGCGAGGCCGACGUGCCGCCCGUGUUUCGCGAGAACAAGGAUUGCAUCGCCGUUUCGUUUUCCGUUCUCCGUCGAAAGCCGCCCAGGGACCGAAGAACGGCCGGAUAAUGCAGCUGAGGUGGGCCCUCGUGGCAGUGGCUGCCGCAGUGCUGUCGAGACCAGGCCUGGCUGAGGACCCGGCGCGGAUGAAACGCCAGUCACGGCCGCCGCAAGACCCUUCGCACGACCCCAACUAUAGCGUGUUCGUGCGGGCGCUGCCGCCGAACGCCAACCCUCCUGCAGGGCCCCAGCCGCCCAACAGUCCGGUCCGCUUCGCGAACGACUUCGCCCAACCCGUGCAGCAGUCGCCGCCGCCCCAGUUCUCGGUACGCAACCAGCCCCAGUACCAAUUCCAGCAACAGCCACAACAACAGCCGCAGCAACAGCCGCAGCAACAGCCGCAGCAGCAGCAACAACAGCCGCAACAGCAGCUGCAGUUCCAGUUCAACCGUCAACAGCAGUCGCUGUCUCCACAACAGCUGUUACUUCAGCAGCAACAGCAGCAGCAGCAACAACAGCAGCAGCAACAGUUUAGGCAGUUCCAGCAGCAGAACCCGCAGCCACAGCAGCCGCCACAACUUUCAGUUCAACAGCCGCAGCAACCGUUUCCCCAUCAGCAGCAACAAGUGUUCAAUAAUCAACAGCAACAGCAUCGCCAACAGCAGCAGCAGCAGCAGCAGCAGCAGCAGCAGUUUAUCAGUCCGCAGCAGCAACAGCAACAGCAGCAGCAGUUUCCUCAGCAGCAGCAGUUUCCUCAGCAGCAUCAGCAACAAGUGCCUCAACAGCGCCAGCAAUUUAGCUUUUCCGACGGAAGUCAGCAGCAGCCCAGCCUUGGCUUCGCGUUCCCGCAACAGGCGCCCGUUACGCCGUCGACCACACCGAAACCACCUCCAUCAUUGCAGUCCUUCCCGAGACACUCGUUCUCAGUAUCCUCUUCGACGUCAUCCGAGGAUGCUCUGAGGCAAGGUAAGAUCGUCGGCUCUAUUCAGCCACCCGCUCAGGUCAUCCAGAAAUCACCGGCUUCGGAAAUCGAGUCCAGCAAGCAAGCCGAGGCCAAAGACAAGGCUGCCAAAAGCAAGGACAAAGAGAAAGACGAAUACGUAGUUUACUACUAUUACUACUAUGAUGAUGACAACAAGAAGAAUUUGUCCCUUAAUUUCGACGACGUUCCCAGCCUGGAAGGUUUUGACAAGACCGAUGGCUCUAAGCUGAAGGGUAAGGGUUCCAGUCAAAGGCUGGCUUCGCCUAACCCACAGAACAGGUUCGAACCCAAGACAGUCACAACGAGCCCACCGUCAGGGCAACAACCAGCGCCGCCUCCUGCUUUCCCUCUAGAGCAUGGUGUCACGUCUGCUCCUCAGACUGUCACCCAAGUCUCGGUGUCGGUCUCCGUCUCCGAAGGAACGCACGUAUUGCUUCCAAGUCAACCGUUCGAGGCUAAACGUCCACCGCUUGCGGGCCCACCGAACUUGGGGUUCACGGGAGCUAAACUCGUACCAGAUCCAGGAGUUCCGAUUGGUCCUGCACCUGAUGUCCGAGGACUUGUCACGCCUCAAGGUUCGCCUGUAUCCACCGUGUCACCGCCGUCGGACACGCAGGUAGCCAACGAGAUCAGUGGCAGGAAAGGAGCGGCCGACCUCUUGACUACAUCUGCAGAGACCACUACUCCGACGACGACCACCACGACAACAGAGGCACCGACCACUUUAGCACCGACGACAACCACCACUGAGGAACCGACGACCACGACUGAGAAGACGAAGAGGCCUUUUGGCAACAGGAGGCGGUUCGGCGGAGCGCAUGGCGCAGGUGCGCAUGUCAGGGCGCCCGGUUCCCGCAAGUCGCACACCACGUCCACGACGACGACGACGCCAGCCACAUCAUCCACGCGAAGACUGCUGGGAGGACUGCGGCGAAACCGGCCGACGCCACGAUCGUCGUCUAGCAGGCUCCAGUUCGGCCGGCGUCCUUCGCCGAUCCACUCGCGGCACCAGAAGGAGGAAGAGCCCGAGGAAGAGGAGAGCACGUCGCCAGCGGACGCAGAGCCGACUACGACCACCGCUGCUCCUGCAAACAACGGCAAGAAGCGCUUCGGCGGAAGCAGCCGCUUCGGUGGGAAGUCUGCGAGGACAAGGACCUCUAGCACGGCGGCGUCUUCGACAACGGCAGCACCCAAAAGACCCGGAGCCCGGCCCAGCUCUGGCGGGCUGUUCGGGCGCACCAAUCGGGGUCCCAGGCCCCGCACGUCGUUCACCCGCCACCGACCUGGACACAAGAAGGUCGAGGAGGAAGAGAAGCCGGAAGAGAACGAGGAGUCGUCGCCGGUGACCACGCCGGAGAACAAGGAAGAGGCUUCGGCGGCAUCUACCGAGACAGCCUCCAAGCACGAGGAAGCAGCGGCAGCUGCCUCCGAGUCGGAGGCCACGUCUGAAGACAGCCACGCCACGGAGGCGCCCGCCGUCACGCCCGAGAGCAAGCCGGCGCAUGGCCGGAGUCGCUUCGGGUCUAGACCGCGACCCGCGCUCUUCGGAGGUAGCCGGCCGCGACCAGUCCUGGGACGAUGAAUGGUGAACCGUGGAAUGCGCACGUGAGAUCACGAGAACACAUGUCGUGAGACUCUUUCCCCCCUCCCCCCUCUUUUCACGCACAGUGACCGUGGCCGUGUCAACGGUGCGAAGCAGCGGUGGCACAGAGCGCGGUCGAUGAGCUCUCACCAAGUCACCAGCCAGCAGCUUCCUUGUGUUGUACUACUAACGUCACCCCCUUGACAAGGCCGCAGUUCAGCAGCACCUGUCGUGUGUGCCAGUGCUGUGGAUCGCGAUCACUGUUCAGGCAAUGAGUGAAAGUAUAGCUUCUGUCGUUUCGCCUUAUUAGUCCACCCGUCAAACUAGUGCGGGAAGGACCUCGACUCCGUGACUUCCUGUUCGCAUUAUCAGCAGAGCAAUCGGUGGCAAUACGCCGGAACCAGUCCAGAAGGCCAAACACAUACGUAGUAAGAGUUCGUGCAGGCAGAAAGGAGGCCAGCAGUUUAUUGCACAAACAAAAACUACUUAACGCUUAAUUGCUGAGGGUCUUCGUCACGGAGAAGUAACAUCACAUUAUGCAGACUUCAUGGACGUUCUCAAUAAGAAGGAGUCACGUUAUGAGGACAUUGCGUAAGAUCGUAUACGUAAAAGGGCACGUGCCGCCGGCAAAUGAUGGCAGCGAGGUGCAAAGGCUGCUGAUUAUAUAUAUAUAUAUAUAUAUAUAUAUAUAUCUGCACACCAUUUCUUUUCAAUUUAGCAAAUUUCGAGACAGAGGAAGACAAUCCAGGAGACUGCGCUCAAUAUUCUUCUCCGCCGCUGUCCGAGGCUAUUCUUGUCCAAAAGAGUUUCUCGGAGUCAUGUGCAAUUUUUCCGAAAAUACACCUCGACAAGGUAACGCACUAAGCUUUAAGCCUGCGAAGUACUCGAAAGUGCACUGUACCCUGUAAAUACUACUGCAUACUGCGCGCCGCUCUGUACUAAGCCGUUACAUGCUCACGUAUGUCACAUGUGCCGCGAAGCAUGUGUUGCAAGUGACUCUCAGCGCAGUGGCCUACCAACGGCAAUCUAAAGCGUUGUCCGUUCGUUUCAGUGCCAUGUUGAGACACACUUGCAUUAGGUACCCUUGACGACAGCUUCACUGCAACGACAAUGACGCUGGUGGUUUAUCGGUAGAAACUAUAGUGGUUUCUAGCAGUGAAUUCUCGCGUUGCGUUAAACAUAUGCGCUGACGUCAACGGAAGAAAGCGACCAACAUUCUACGUAUGACUGUACGAGUGCUUCGGUUGUUGUACGUUUUUUUUUAUUGUUUUGUUUUUUUCGCAAGAGGAUUUCAUAAAGUGUUGUUUUGCUUACGGCU